AUGCUUUCUAUCUUGUUUACUGAAUGUCUGAGAAGCUCAAGGCAUCGAAGAACCCACUAUGCUGUGAGCCCAGUUUCCAACGGAGCCUCAGCAACCGUUAUUCCAUCAGUUGGUGUAAAUGUUAGAAACGGACCGAGUACAUCAAAUGCUAGAAUUGGUGGUCUUGGUUGCGGAGCAUCUGUCCCAGUUAUUGGAAGAGAAGGUUCCUGGUGGAAGGUCAAUUUCAAUGGCCAAACCGGCUAUGUUUAUGCUGAAAACGUUAGAGUUCCAGGUGUCGUUACAUCAGAUAAUGGAAUCAAUGUUCGCUCUGGUCCAGGAACUAACUAUGCUCGUGUCGGAGGAGUUUAUUAUCGCCAAACACUCCAAAUCACAAAUUGCCAAAAUAAUUUCUACUUCAUCGGAAAUGGUUGGGUCUACGCCGACUAUGUAGCUGUUGAUUAUAACCAAGGCGGUGGUGGCGGCGGCGGUGGCGGUGGAAGCGGCAGAGUCAAUGAUGGUCAAAUGCGCGCCAUGGGCUGGUCAAACUAUAACUUAGGCGAUCUUAAUAGAUGCUUGUCCAUCUUCAGCAUUACAACAUCCGAGAGAAUUAGACACUUCAUUGCACAGUGCAGUGUUGAGUCAGGUUAUGGAAAAUGGACAAGAGAACUUUCUGAUGGAUCUCAAUAUGAAUAUAGAAGAGACCUUGGUAACACCCAGCCAGGAGAUGGCCCAAGAUUCAAGGGAGCAGGUUACCUCCAAUUAACAGGAAGAGCUAAUUAUCAGCAAUUUGCAAACUAUAUCAAUGAUCAAAAUGUCAUGAGUGGAGUUAACUAUGUAGCUACUAACUAUCCAUGGACCAGUGCUGGUCAUUAUUGGAUGAAGAGAGGCAUUAACAAUUUGUGUGAUAGAGGAGCUGGCGUCGAAGCAAUUACAAGAGUAGUUAAUGGAGGUACACGUGCCUUAAAUGAGAGAAUUGCUGCAUACAACAAAGCAAGAGGCAUCUUUUAA